UUUUCUUUUUCUUUUUUUUUUUUUUUUUUUUUGUUUUACAACUACUUUUUUUUUAAAAUGAGCGACGAAACGAAGCUAAUGCAACCUAUGCGAAGUACAUCAUUUAUGGAAAUAUAUUUGGAGCAUGUACUGGAAAAUGAAAAGGAAGAAAAGAAACAAGAUUUGACUGAAGAGAGAUCAACUAAGGAUCAACAAAAACCAGCACUGAGUCGAUUAGAACAACUCCCACCUGAUGUAUGGCGCAAUAUCUUGAUCAAUCUACCGCUCAGUCAGUACCCUGAAAUGGACAGGUUAUCGAAGCAUAUUCAAACAAUUGCUCGGUACUCUUCUUUGUAUUGGAUUCAUGUCGCAGAUCGAGGUCCUCCUUCCUUGAAUUCUAAAAGCAAGACUUUUUACGGCCAACUGAACCAAGUUCGAAAAAACUAUACCAAAGUGUUUCGACAAGCUUGUGAUUACUGUUAUGGCAACCACAAAUAUAAACCUCACAAAGUCGGAUGGAUGGCGGUUCUUCCUGUUCGUAUACCAAACUAUGCUCGUCGAGAAAUGUACCUCUGUGGACCUUGUCGACAAGCCCAUUAUGAAAAACACCCAGAAACGAUCCCGAUCGACGUGAAAAAAAGUAAAGCAACGCCAGCAAUGCUUCAGGACAAGUAUCCUUUCACCAAAAACCAACGCAAACAAUUAGGUAUCAAUGGUAUGACCGAACUUGAAAUUCUUUUAUGUGCAAGAAAAUUCUAUGGUGGCAACGUUGGUAUUCAAGCAGAACGACUACGACGACAAUAUAACGGAUCACUACCAGCCAAACAAGCAAAAUGAACAAAAGUUGAAUUUCUCCUUCACAGGUCAUUCGUUUUAGUUUAGUGUAUAUAUAAAUUUGUUUCAUUCAAAUAAAACUGUAUAAAUAUUAUUAUUAUUC